CGAAAGACAUGAGCGAACAUAGCAUGGAAACGAGACGUAGGUCUCGUUCAAAAACACCAUUUUUACGUUCCAGUUGUGAUCAUGAAAAUUGCGAUCACAUUGGCGAUGAGCCACAUAUACAUCAUCAGCACAAUAAAAAGAAACCAACAUCACAAUUACCAAAUGUUCGAACCAUCAUUGAAGAAACCGUCGAAGUAACAUCAUCAUCUUCCGUAGAGGCUUCGGGUAAAAAUAGUCCCUCCAAAAUGACACAAACUAAAAUAAAAACAUCCGAUUACUCCAGCGAUGAUAGUCCUGAUAAUAAAACCAAAACAACAGCAACAAGGGCUAUAACAUCAGUGUCCAGCAAUUCACAACAACAACAACAGUUAAGAAGUCAAACGGAGUCAAAAACCAGUACGACCACAACUGUUGUAACCAAAACCAAAAAAAUUGGAGGCAGUGUGGCCACAUCAACACCUAAAGCAAGUAAUUUUAUAACCCAUUUUGCAUCACAAUAUUCCUCCAGAGGUAGUGGUGGUGGUGCUAAAUCAUCCAAGGCACAAAUCGAGUCUCAAUUUGAGGAAGAGAAAAAUGUCAAGGAACAUACACAAAAUGUGCUGAACAGUGAAAAGGAGUUGAGUAAAAGUAAAUCAUAUCUAAGUGGAUUUUUGGGUAACUCCUUCAGUUUGGAUAAUUUCGAUGCCAGUGAUCAUGUGGCCUAUUUGGAAUACAAAAAGGCAGGAGAAUAUUGGAAGACAACACCCAAAACCGAUUACACCUAUUCGGAACUUUCCCCCCAUCGCCGUGAAUUGGCACCCGGUAUUGUGGCCAUGCCAAAUAUGUCCCGCAAAUCAUUGGAAAAUCAUCAUGAACGUAUCAAUUAUAUGAUUGAACGUGAUCCUGCCCAAGAAGAAUAUAUCCGUCGUCGUUAUGAAUCCUCCAAAUAUACACAAAAUCGUAGAGCUGCCGAACAGUUGGCAUAUGAUUCCGGCGAUGAAGUAGAUUAUACAUAUCGUAGAGCGACAAACCGGCAAUAUAACCAGCAGCAACAGGAAUCGUGGUUAAUGCGUUUUAUAACCACAAUUGUCACAACCGUGACCACAACAUGGUCCAGCAUUACGGGUUCGAAUAGUGAUCAAAACGGUGGUGUUGGUCGUUACACCAGCUACAGUAGUAGUAUGUAUCACACCAAAUUGGCAGAGGAGGAAAGAGGUUUCUUUGGUUCAAUGCUACAUGGCAUCACCUCGGCCUUUGCAUAUUUCACCCGCAAUCUAUAUUUGUUUAUCUCAUCGGUUUUAUGUUUGGACACAUGGCUGUUGCAAUCUUCCAGUGCUGAUAACAAGAGCAAAAAACGUUUCCUAUUAUUUUUGUUGAUGCUGUUGCCAUUGUUAUUGUUAGCGGCCUGGUAUUUAUUGGAUGACGAAGAUCGCCUCGUAUAUACUCAACGAUGGAAUUCUUUGCUACCUCUAUCCCUCGUCACCACUCUACGAGGAUCAUUGUACACGAAUGUUCAUGCCAUAAAAAGCUUUCUACAAUUACCUCUAUUCUCAUCCACGGGUUCUAGUCAAAAAGCCACAUUAGAAGAAUUGAAAAUGUCAAUGUCAAAAUCAUCACUGGCCAAUGAGGAACAAUAUGAAAAUAUUCUAAAUCACAUUAAUUCCUAUGUUCAAACAUUGGUGGAUUUAAAAUUACAAGAACAACAAAAAUUGAUGGAACAACAAAAUAAGAAAUCCGCCUCAGAACUUUCAUCGAAACAAAUCAAUUUAAUAGUACAAAUAAUGAAGGAGAAUUUGGAAACUUUGUCAAGGCAAAAACGUGAUAAGGACGCACUGGCCCUCAGUGAUGCUGAUCUGAAUCUAAUAGUACAAAAAGUUUUAUUAAAACUUCAGGAGGGUACCGAUUUUACAGUACCCGUACAAUUGUCGUCGAAUAAUAUUGAAGAAAUUAAACGUUUGGUUUCCCAAACCCUGGAAGUGAAUAAUCACGCCCAUUAUCACACUUUGGUGGAGAAAUUGGAUCUUGAUGCUCUAAUUGCCAAGCUUUUAAAAGCUCCCCUAUUUACCUCUUACAUCAACGAUGAAAUCUCUGUACAAAUUAAUGAAAAAUUACACGACAAACUUUUGGAAUUACAAAAAAUUCAAAGCAGCAGCUCCUCCGGCAAGGAUGGCGGCUCAGCCGAACACUUGGCCUUUUUGGAACAACAAAAACUCAUUAUUGACAAUUUGGGCCAAGAGGUGGCAUUUAUAAAGCUUUCCCUUUCGGAUAAACUCUCUGAAAAUGAAGAUCUCCACUACUCCAUCAAACAUCUGCAACAAACCCAGGAUGAUUUAUUGAAACGCCUACAAGAACUUGAAUUCAAUACCGAUCAGCGUUUCUCCUCGCUGCUACAAGAAAUCUCCACCAAAUUGAAUACCCUCAAAGAGGAACAAUUCCAUUUGCUCAACCAGCAAGUGAAACUUUCUCUAAUAGACAUUCUCGGUUUUAGCUCGUCUCUGAAAAAUGGUGCCAAAUUUGAUGAUGGUGAUUUGCAACAUUGGGUCAACUCCAUGUUUGUCGCGAAAGAUUAUUUGGAACAACGCCUAUCGGAUAUUAAUAAUCAUACCCAUGACAAGAUUAAACAAGAAAUUGAUAAAUCUGCAAUGUUCCUAAUGCGCGACAUCAGUGAAAGAUUGAAACAGGAAAUCAUAACGGCGGUGGAGAAUAAACAUAAGGAAACGAAUACCAAAUUGGAGGGUCAAAUCAAGGCAGCUUUGUCGGAGGAGGAAGUUCGUAACAUUGUCAAAUCGGUACUGGCCAUAUAUGAUGCCGAUAAAACGGGUUUGGUUGAUUUUGCUUUGGAAUCGGCCGGUGGUCAAAUUUUGUCCACUCGUUGCACGGAGAGUUAUCAAACGAAGUCAGCACAAAUAUCUAUUUUUGGUAUCCCCCUAUGGUAUCCCACAAAUACACCACGUGUUGCCAUAUCACCCAAUGUCCAACCGGGUGAAUGUUGGGCUUUUCAAGGUUUCCCAGGAUUUUUGGUGCUAAAAUUAAACUCUCUGGUCUAUGUUACCGGUUUCACAUUGGAGCACAUACCAAAAAGUUUGGCACCAAAUGGAGCUAUUGAUUCGGCGCCAAAGAAUUUUACAGUUUGGGGUUUGGAACAUGAAAAGGAUCAAGAGCCUAUCCUCUUUGGUGAGUAUGAAUAUGCCGAUAAUGAUGCUUCUUUGCAGUAUUUCCCGGUGCAAAAUCAAAAUAUCAAUCGUCCCUAUGAAAUUGUGGAAUUACGCAUCGAAUCGAAUCAUGGCCAGCCGUUGUACACCUGUCUCUAUCGAUUCCGGGUACAUGGAAAACCACCAACAUCAUAA